AUGGCAUCAACAAACAUCAAAAUAGGCGUCAUCGGUGCAGGAAAGAUGGGCCAGAUGCUUCUGGCUGCGUUUAUCAAAGCCGCACCUUUAAUUGCAUCGAUGGAGAUUCAUCUUUUUGCGAGCACAUCCAGCGAGGUCUCCUCCAAAAAGCUUCAAUCAGACCCUAGAUUUGUAAAUGCCGUUACGUUUACCUCAAAUGACGAGAUUCUUUGCGUUGCAAAUUUAAUUUUUCUUUGUGUGAGACCACAUCAGAUUUCGGAUAUCUCAAAAUCCGCACCAAAAAGCUUUGAAUUCUUUGGUACGCUUAUCAGCAUAUGUGCUGGGAUCUCCAUUUGUAAACUGAGCGAACUGUUCCCAAAUGCGGCUUCAUUUGUUAGGUGCAUGCCAUCCAUAACUUGUCGCGCUUCUUCAUUUGCAUCUACUGGCCUAUUUAUCAUGCAUUCCGAACAGGAAGAUCCAAAGUCGUCGCGAGACUCGGUGUUAAUAGAAAAGCUGCUAAAGCCAUCUGGGGCCAUAUUUUGGGUCAAAACCAAUGCUGAGUUUGACGCAGCCACGGCCAUUGGGGCAUCGGCACCUGCAUUUGCUAGCAUCUUUUUAGAAGGACUGGCCGAUGGUGCUGUUUCUUGUGGGCUUUCUCGUGUGCUCGCGUACGAGAUUGUGGCCCAAAUGGUGGCAGGUACAGCGCAAUUGAUAUCUGAAGGAUACCAUCCAUCCAUUAUCAAGGAUCUUGUGUCGACUCCUGGAGGAUGCACAAUUGAAGGGGUAAUCGAUCUUGAAGCCAAUUCGCUUCGAGGAACCGCGGCCAAAUCGAUCCAAAAAACAGUCUGGAAACUUUCGCAGCUUUCUUGCAAUAAAUGA